UGGAGGCGUAGGGGGGCGGGGGUACGGCUCGCUCGCUCGCAAGAUGGCGGACGAGGACGGGGAAGGGAUUCACCCCUCAGCCCCUCACAGGAACGGAGGUGGCGGCGGCGGUGGGGGCUCUGGGCUCCACUGCGCGGGGAACGGCGGCGGGGGAGGCGGCGGCCCGCGGGUCGUGCGCAUCGUCAAGUCCGAGUCCGGCUACGGCUUCAACGUGCGGGGCCAAGUGAGCGAGGGCGGGCAACUGCGGAGCAUCAACGGGGAGCUGUACGCGCCGCUGCAGCAUGUGAGCGCCGUGCUGCCCGGGGGGGCGGCCGACCGGGCCGGGGUGCGCAAGGGGGACCGCAUCCUGGAGGUGAACGGCGUGAAUGUUGAGGGGGCGACACACAAGCAGGUGGUGGACCUGAUCCGAGCAGGCGAGAAGGAAUUGAUCUUGACAGUGUUGUCUGUGCCUCCACAUGAGGCAGAUAACCUAGAUCCCAGUGAAGACUCGUUGGGGCAAUCAUUUUAUGACUACACAGAAAAGCAAGCUGUGCCCAUAUCGGUCCCCACAUACAAACAUGUGGAGCAGAAUGGUGAGAAGUUUGUGGUAUACAAUGUUUAUAUGGCAGGGAGGCAGCUGUGUUCUAAGCGGUACCGGGAGUUUGCUAUCCUACACCAGAACCUGAAGAGAGAGUUUGCCAACUUUACAUUUCCCCGACUUCCAGGGAAGUGGCCAUUCUCUUUAUCAGAACAGCAAUUAGAUGCCCGACGUCGGGGGUUGGAAGAAUAUCUAGAAAAAGUAUGCUCAAUACGUGUCAUUGGUGAGAGUGACAUCAUGCAGGAAUUCCUAUCAGAAUCAGAUGAGAACUACAAUGGUGUGUCCGACGUAGAACUGAGAGUAGCAUUACCAGAUGGAACAACAGUUACAGUCAGGGUUAAAAAGAACAGUACCACAGACCAAGUGUAUCAGGCUAUUGCAGCAAAGGUUGGCAUGGACAGUACAACGGUGAAUUACUUUGCCUUAUUUGAAGUGAUCAAUCAUUCCUUUGUACGUAAGCUGGCACCUAAUGAAUUUCCUCAUAAACUCUACGUCCAGAAUUACACAUCAGCUGUGCCAGGCACCUGCCUGACCAUUCGAAAGUGGCUUUUUACGACAGAAGAAGAAAUCCUCUUAAAUGACAAUGACCUUGCUGUUACCUACUUUUUUCAUCAGGCCGUUGAUGAUGUGAAAAAAGGUUAUAUCAAAGCAGAGGAAAAGUCCUACCAGUUACAGAAGCUGUAUGAACAAAGGAAAAUGGUCAUGUAUCUCAACAUGCUGAGGACUUGUGAGGGCUACAAUGAAAUCAUCUUCCCCCACUGCGCCUGUGACUCCAGGAGGAAGGGGCACGUUAUCACAGCCAUCAGCAUCACGCACUUUAAACUGCAUGCCUGCACUGAAGAAGGACAGCUGGAGAACCAGGUAAUAGCAUUUGAAUGGGACGAGAUGCAGCGAUGGGAUACGGAUGAAGAAGGAAUGGCCUUCUGCUUCGAGUAUGCACGAGGAGAGAAGAAGCCUCGAUGGGUUAAAAUCUUCACACCAUAUUUUAAUUAUAUGCACGAAUGCUUCGAGAGGGUGUUCUGUGAGCUCAAGUGGAGAAAAGAGGAAUACUAGUUAGAGACUGGUUAUUCUUCCAGCCUUUGGAUGCUGAAUAGACCAUACAAGAAAAGCCCGGCUUCUUCCUCUGUCUAGAGGGUAGCUGUUGGCUGCAGGCUGUUCUACCUCCUGUGACUUCAUGGACCCUCCUCUGCCUGGUUUUUGUUUUUGUUUUUUAAUCCAAUCACUGCCUGUGUUGUUCCUGACCCAGAAGGGCAACUGUCCCCAGUUUUAGCUGUUCUGACUAGAUGACUCCUGACAGAGCCCGUCGGGGCUAACCAGGAAUGCAUGUGUGUGGGAAGGUUUCCACUAUUGCUUUACUGCUGUCCUUAUGCCAGUGCUGGAGAAUUUGGAAGAUUCUGAAUAAUUAGCUACUUAUUCUCAAAGAAAAUGUUUCUGAAGUUCAGAAGGUAAAGUCAAGAACAUGAAAUUCAUAUUCUUGGUAUAGUAGGAAGAACACCGGGCUCUGAGACUCAGACGACGAUUCGCUCCCAGCAUUUUUUCUCCCUUCAGUGUUGGGCAAGUGAGCCUCCCCUAGAUCUCCGUUUUCUCAUCUUUUCUCAUCUGUAAAAUGGGAAGGCUGAACCAGAUUAUAAAUAGUUAAGCUCCUCUCUGGGUCUAAAAGGCUAUGCUUCCACAUGGGAAGUUGUAGCAGAGGUGGAGGCCAGUGAGGUGGAGUCAUUCAGCCAUGCGUCUGUGUGUCUGUCUGAGGCUGGCCUCCAGAAGGGGAGAGAUGCAGAUACCUCAGGCUUCCCAGUGACUGUUUUCUGUUUUCCUUUCAGAACAUUUUCCGGAUGGCGAGGUCACAGCAGAGGGAUGUGGCCACCUAGCCUUCCCUCACCCCUCCUCUUCACCCUCAUCCUCUCACCCCUUCCGUCUCCUGUGUCAGAGUAACCAUUAACACAAAAGAAGAGAAAAAGGAAAAAAGUCAUUAUGUUCAAAAGCCCUAAACUAAAUACUAUUAAUAAUCCCUCUGAGUUUCAUGUCUCUGGAAUUGAGCUGGUAGAGAACGACAGAUUGGUCCGCACCGGGAGCAGCUGAGUUCAGACAGGAAAUUAAGCCCAACCACGCGCCAAAGGUGUCUUUAUCCUCUCACCUGGGCCUCACACCAACAGACUCUCCUUGUACUAUAUUUUUAAAACUGGAACUAUGAACUCCAUCCAUUUGCACUGUUCAGACAUAUAUAUGUAUGUAUGUAAAAAUUAUAUAUACACAAAUAAGCUGCACGUAUAUACAUAUAUAUAUUUCUUUUUAAAUUUCAUAUUGAUGGCAGUACCUUUUUUAGCUUGUGUUUUUACACACCUUUCACUAGAAUUCAUGACUUCUCUCUUGCUCUCUUUAUUUUGAAACAAACUUUAAAAAGGAAAAAAAAAAAUUUUACUGGGAAAAUACCUCUCCUCAUGAAGGACUCGAAAAGUUUACAACCUGCUUGGGUUUUUUUCCCCCUUUUUUGUAUUGAGUGAAGAUUCUGGCUUAUGGGUUGGCAUAGAGUCUGAGGAGCAAGGAGCAUAGUUUCUUUAUCUUCCAAGAAGCUGCUGGGAGGAGACCGAGGUGUAUUUCUCAAGGGCAGCAAGACUUGCAGAUCUGCAGGGAGAGUCUGAAGACUUGGUGUGGUCCUCGAUUCCAAGACCGCUUUCCUGGCCCAGCUCUCUCCCACUCACGGCUUUCUAGCCAUACUCCCCAUCUCCUUCUUGCUUCCCGAGGGCCCCUUGUGUGCUCUCCACUGACCUAGAAUGGAGGGGAGAGGUGGGCUCAGGAGGUUGAUGCCACAGGAACCUGAAACAUUUCAUGGUUGUCAUUUCCCAUUUCUCCUUCUGAAGCAGGCAGAGUACUAGGGACCAGAGUUAAAGCCAAUACCUUUAGGCACAAAGAUUGGACUUAGGGGAAAGGAAGGAAGGAAUACCCUGUGUACUUAAGCUUUUCCCCACUCCAUUCCUGACCAGUAACCAUCCAUAACCAUUACAUUCUCUGUGACUUCCUUAAAUAGCUGUGUUGGGGAGGAAUCUGACAGUGUCCCCAAGGCCUUGGGGAAAUUUAGUCAGUGGUCUGGGCCAGCCAAACCAGUGCCCAUCCAAGCCAGCUGAGGACCCAGGAAGGACCAGUAGGGAUAUGGUCGGUUUGGGUUGGAUCUCAACUUCUAAUGAAAAGGAGACUGAAGGAAAGCCUUUCUGUCUCUCAAAGAGUUCCUCGUCUCACCUUGGGAUUUCGAGACCCAAGAGCUGCACCUAGGGCCUGGGGGGCCAGGCUUACCAGCUGGCAUCUCAUGUUGGGAUUUUGAGCCCUAAGAGCUGCACCCCAGGGCCUGGGGGGCCGGGCUCACCAGCUGGGGCAACACUCUCAGGCAGGCUCUGUAGAUACUGCACUGGGAGCUCGAAGUCAGACUCUGAUGCUGCUGAAACACAUCCCUGAGCCUUCUUUUCUUUUUCCCUUCUCCACUCUCUUCACAAAACCUCCACUGGGUGGCGUCUUUGGCUUUGUCUAACUGGGAGGCCACCGUACCAGGUUUAGUCACUCCACUGAGCAGUGGCGGGGUGGUUUGAAGUUUCUGUUUUGGUGACUUGAUUUUGCAGAUCAUUGUGAGGCCACUUUUCUUUCUCACUCUGUUACCCUGGCGGCUGCUUGCCCCAGGACAGUUGUCCAUCAUACAGGACAGAUGUCUUCCCUCCCUUUCUCCAAACCCAGUUGGGAUCACAGUGCAGAACGUAGGAAUGCUCAAUGUUUAAAGGUGCAGAGAGCGAUCCCCGAUUUGAAAGUUUUGAUACAGAAUUAGCUUCUUUUGGCUUAAGUGAAUUUAAUAAUGAGCCAGAGGGCCCUAGAAAGGAGAUCUGUUUCCCCACUCCAAGACGCCAAAGAGGCUUUUGGUGCCAGCUUUUUCCCACUGCAAACACAGCACCGGCUUGCCCCUGUGCUCUCAGACUGGGAGAGGAAUGGACAAAUCUGGGAGUCCGUGCAAUGUUCCCACUGCUGACCUCUGGGUGUGAGGUGUCAGGUAGGGGGAGGGUGCCCUUGGGUCUGAGGCCCCUUGGAGCGGGUGCCACUCUGUUCCUUUGGCAGAGCACGCACUCGGUGCUUUGGAGACUGGGCAAGGGCGCCACGCAUGGGUGGUUGGCCUGUUGGCAGAAUCUGUUUAGAAACAGCCCCUACUGUCUGUACCAGUAAAAGCUGCAGUGAGGACGGGGAAGGAGGGAGCCCCUGGCCAACAGUACCUUUCCCCCUUCCUCCCACAGCAGGCCUCUUGGACCGGCGCGCAGAGGUCACUGUGGCUCCAUAGGAUCAAGCUCUUUUUUGCAUGAAGCAGUGUUAGUGUGACACUCCUCCCCGACCCCCCCCCCGCCCCCCCCCCCCCCCACACCCUUGUUCUGUACUUCCUCUCCCUAAUCCCUGCUAUGGUUCUCAGUCCUGGGUUCUGCCCAGUCUUUUGCAGUUUGUCUCUGGAAAAUGGAGGGGCUCCCCUCCCCCCCUCCUUCGCCCCAGCAGAGCCUGCAGAGUCUUCCUGAUCUGUUGUCCUCCCCUCUACCACUCAGUUUCUAUCCUCUGGUAAAAGCUCAGAGUUUUGUAUAGAUCAGGGAAAAAUGCAGGCCCUGAGAAACCUGUCCCUGCAGAAAGGUUCCCUUGGGCCAUGCUUUGGGCUCUCUGCUCUUUAUAUUUUUAUUCUAGUCUCCAUUUUCCUGCCCUCCUCUUGCCCUCUGCCUAAGCUCAGCCCAGCUGUCUGCUGAGGGCAGCUCCUAGGCCUGGCCUGUCUAGUUUUCUCCUGUCGUCACCCAGGCUAGUAGCUUUGGUUAUCCCCUUCUAGCUCCAAACCUACUGCCUGGAGCUGCAGUACAGGGCAUUGACAGGAGGGGACACAUCUCUCUCCUCUCAGAGUUUGCCCCCUUACAGCCUGGCUCCGAGGAGGCAGUUUUCCUCAAGGGGACUGUAUCCUGGCUGACCCAAAGUCUCCAGACCUGGAGGGACUACUGUGCCCCCCUUGUCUCCAUCGUGCUUUCUGGCUGGAUCAGUUCAGAGACCAUUUGGACUGUUGGAGCCCAGCACCCCACUAGAUUCCCCUGCCAGAGUCAGUGUGUCCCAUUAGCUUCCCUUUGAAGGGGGGUGGGGGAACAGUGUGGCUGGUGCUCGGAGAGAGAAGAGCGACAGCGGCGGAACUCGCGCAUUCCAGUCCUACCACCCGCCUGCCUCCCCUCUGCCCCCCAGCACCGUGCCAGGCUUCACCCCGGGGCGGCAGCUCAGUCCUCAGCAAUAAUCUCGAGUGUGGGGUGCGUAGGGUUCCUUGGAAGGGCAGGAGCAAAGAGGGCAGCGCUGUGGGCUGGAGGCACUUGGCCAGCUGCUAAAUUAGACCCCGGUUUUAUAUCAUGCCCCCUUUUUAAGCCGGUGAGCUGGGCUUCAGUGUUCCCCAGGCCAUGCACACUUUUAAUUUAUUUGACAAACUCUAAUUGUAUUUUCACUGCAGUAUCUUGUAUUUUUUAUUUGUGAUUUAAGAAAUGUGAAGAGAAAAUACACAGACACAUAAUGGCUAACAGUGUUUCUUUCAUUCCUUGUUCUACAGCUAACCACUCUAAAAUUGUUUGGUAAUGUCACUUAGUGUAAUUAAUUGUAACAUAUUCUUUUAAAUAAAUUGAUUUAUUGAUGAAACUA